CCCUCAUCUGGAUUUGCCCCCAGGCAGGGCAUAGCUGCAGUGUUAAUUUGUAAGCGGGGGCAGGAGUAGUUUAAUAAUAGCGGGGAUGAGAGUGGGAACAAUAGCUUGCUAUACUAGCAAACUGAAGAGCAGGAGUAUGUGGGUGAGCACUCACAAGUCCAAUGAGAUGAUGAAAUACACAAGUCCAAAUAAUGUCGGCAUAAAAUUCGCCAAGCAGAAGCAGGAGCAGGUGGGAAUGGGUUAUGCUCAUUUGAGCAAUGCUCAGCCACAGUGCACUAGAGUCAGAGGUAUUAACGGUUGUGCUUCAGAGCAGGAGGACUCGGCAGGGGAUUCGAAUCCUUCUCUUGUGGUGGUGUCAUUUUACAAAUUUGCAGAUUUUCCAGACCACGCUGACAUGCGUUCUCCUCUCAGGGAGCUCUGCGAGGAAUUACGUGUUUCAGGAGGGAUAAUUCUGGCUCCAGAAGGCAUCAACGGAAGCAUAUGUGGGACACCAGAAUCGGUUGAGAAAGUCUUGUUGUUUAUUCAAGCUGAUGACCGUUUCAAGGGGUUAAGGCUGAUUGAAUCUCCCGUCAGUCCAGAGGAGGAGGCUAUUCAUCAUGGACACACUAGCAAAUCUCCUCUCGGAGCAGGUGAAGAUGCUCCCUUCCGUUGGGAUCAUGUGCGAGUAAAGCUUAAGAAGGAGGUGGUAUCUUUGGGAGUUCCAGGAAUGUCUCCUGCAAAAAAAGUGGGAAAGUAUGUGAAUCCAAAGGAAUGGAAUACUUUGAUAAGUGAUCCAAAUACGAUGGUAGUUGAUGUAAGGAAUUCUUAUGAGAUUCGAAUAGGGAAGUUUAAAGGGGCAGUAGAUCCUCAAACCUCUGCAUUCAGGGAAUUUCCAUCCUGGAUUGAGAAACGUCUUUUCAUGCACCAGUCUGACAGUGGUAUUUCACAAUGUGAAGACACCUUAAUUCCAGAGAACUCUAAGAAUGAUUUGGAUGAACAGGCAAAUCAACAAUUGUUAUCUGGAAAAAUCCCACACCGAGUCGCAAUGUACUGUACAGGGGGGAUCAGAUGUGAGAAAGCUACGAGUUUUGUUAUGAGUAAAGGAUUUGAAGAGGUGUACCAUUUGGAGGGAGGAAUUCUGAAGUAUUUAGAAGAAGUUCCACAAUCUGAGAGCCUUUGGGAGGGUGAAUGCUUUGUCUUCGACAAACGAGUUUCAGUUGAACAUGGACUGAAGCAAGGAACAUAUAAACUUUGCUAUGCCUGCAAGGAACCAGUAAGUGAUAUGGAUAUGCAGUCAACUGAGUGGGAGUAUGGAGUUUCUUGUCCUCAUUGCUACAAUACAAAAUCAGAAGAAGAGAAGGCAAGGGCAAGAGCUAGGCAACAACAAUUUGAGAUGUGGGGUGUUAUUGGAGGACCUGAUAGGGGUGUGCCUCCUCGUAAGAACAAAUAGGAUGCCCAUUUCCUCUUCUCAAGGUUGUUGGAAGUUCAGUGAGGAAGUGUAAUAAUAAUUGACUCUCAAAAUACUUUCAAUUGUCUGCAAGCUCUUUCAUCAUGGGAUGCGGAAAAAACAUGUGUGGGAUGGUUACAUAUGAUGAUAAAAGAAGUGUGGGAUGGUUACACACUCAUUGAACUUGAGUUUAUUCUAUCAGCGUUAGGCAAUUUGACUUGCCAAAAAUGAAAUUGUAUGGGGUUCAACUUAUCUUGGAUUUAUCCCUUGGCUAUGUUAAAGUAUUUAAUUUUCCAUUUAAAAAGAGAACAAAAGCUUCUCUUCAAUUUCUUUGUUAUUUUUAUAUUGUUUUUAAUAAAUUCUCCUAAAAUAUUCAAGUAUUGUCCA